GUUAAACUAGAAGACGAAGCUCUAUUUUAAGAAGUGACGUCAAACGAAUACAAAGGGUACAUCACAGUAUGCCCCGAAUAUUCUAAUAUCUUCAAGAAUGGACUUAUACGUAUAAUGAUAGUUUACUUCAUUUUCUCAAUGAACAUCCAUACCUUCUCCGUUCUGCUUGUCUAUACUGGACUUGGCGUUUGCUUUCCAACUAACGAUGCCUCGGAAGACAACCGACAGUUAGCUUUACUUACAGAUAUAGAAAAUACAAUAAAAACUAUCAGGAGUGAGCUACUCAAUCAAGAUGGCUCCUCCUUAGAAGAACGACAAUUCACUAAUAAUUUACCAGAGUACUCAGAGGACGCCACUAAUUUGCUGCCAGAGCGUGAGGAACAGUUAGCAACUUUACAAAAUGAGAUAUUCAACGGACUAACGGAUUAUAUAAAUUACCUUGAACAAAAGCGAGUAUUAGGAGCUAAAACCAUGUAUAAGAGAGCUCCACCCAAGGGGUUCACAGCAAUGAGGGGGAAACGCACCACACUACCAAUUACGAGGUGGGAUGGUGAACCGAUUGAAUGACGUCCAUUUGAACACCUCGUUAAACCUACCAACCGAUCCAUAUUACAAUCGCUGAACAAAACAGGAAUGAUGCUUUAGCCGAUGGGGUACUUCCGAUAUGAGCAGAUACAAUACAUUGACAAUCAUAUGAAUCAUAUGAAUUUUUGAAAACUGAUAUCAAAAUAUUUCACUUUUCUCCUUUAGAUUAAAAUGUGAUUUGUGAGAGAAGCAUUCUGUAUUAAAAGUGCCAUUGUAAAAUAUGUUUUUAUUUUUGGAAAAUAGAAACCACAAAUUCAUUCGAGACAAUCCAUCAAAUACCCAUUCCUCAUGGAUAAUAAACAAUACAACGGACUUAAAUGGUUUUUUGAAAUUCGUUUGAUCUCCUGCAUGUACGUGUAUGUUAUCCAGUAGUACUAAUCGGUGGUGUUGUUCAGGGUAAACAAAUAUGGUUGAACUCA